UUUAUACAUGAUCCAAUCCGUAUUAAAUAUAACGAUAAACAAAACCCAAAACCUUUCUCAAUUCAGUAUGAUGAUGCAGGUUCUUCAAAUUAUGUAAAAUUUCGACCUCAUUUAAAUACUUUUGAAAAAAGAACUGAAGCUGUUCAAAAACUUUUUGAACAAUGGAGGCAAGAAAAAAAAAUUAAGCGGUUGGAAGGCUGGAGGAAUGAAUUAUAUCCAGUUUAUGGAGACAAUGGCGAAGUUGCGUUUUUAAUUGAACGUAGUGCUUCACCAUUGUUUGGUGUGGUAACAUAUGGAAUACACUUGUCUGCAUAUUUAAAAAUCAAAGAUGACAACAACAAUAAUAAAAUUAAAAUGUGGAUUGCAAAACGAUCCUCAACAAAACAAACAUGGCCAGGUAUGUUGGAUAAUACGGUUGCAGGUGGUUUGCCAUAUAAAAUGUCAUUACAAGAAUGUGUUAUCAAAGAAGCAAUUGAAGAAGCUAGUCUUGAAAGAAACAUUGCAGAAAAAGCUAAACCUGUUGGAGCAAUUAGUUAUUUUAUAUCUAGUGAUGAUGGAUAUGUUUAUGACCUUGAAUUGCCAGAAGAUGUUGUACCUAAGCCACUUGAUGGUGAAGUUGAUAGUCAUUAA